GUAGUAAAUGGGAAAAGCCGGCCAAGGUAUUGAAAUUGCGUAAUGGCAGAGCUAAUUUUAUUUUACUUUGAUUAUAAUUUGCGAUUUCCCUGAAUCUUUAAAUGUACUGAAAUUAAUCGGUCGAAAUUUAUUCACAUGGCCGUAAGUGGCGAAAGACUGGGGAAGUCAAGCACCCGUGUUAGUAGUGAUCUAUCCUUAAACAAUGCAAGCACUCAUAAUAUUGGCAAGAAUAGUUUGAUAGUAUCUAACUGGCCUGAUGCUGCCAUCCCACAAAUUUCCACUAUCAGAUGUCAAGCAAAUCAGCCACCACUAUCUUCAUCACCGGUACUGAGUGCGUGUGGUGCUAUUUAUGGUCAACUGGUAACAGCAGACCAAUUAUGCCAGUUGGAACAACAUUCGACCACGAAUACAAAUGAUGAAAUUACUAAGCCAAUUGACGUCGGACAAAAGAAAGCUAGUUUGUGUCUAACUAGCGUGAAAUCAACAUAUGAAAAUAAAAUUCAAAAAGCUGUAUCAAUAGUUAGUACUAACGUAACUACCAGUACAAAUGUUUGCCAACCUACUUCUCAGAUAAUAGUGGCUCAGUCAGCUUAUGCCAAUUUAGAUCCAACAGUCACUAAAAUACAACAACAUACUAACAGAGAUAUUCAUCAACCUAUGGAAUUAUCACAUUCACUUGGUUCAGAAUCAUUUAUAUUUUCAUGCCAUUCCGAUAUUCAACCAACCGCAAUGGACAUAGGCGGACAACCAGGUAGUCCAUCAUUAUCAAAAAAUCUUACAACUGUAGUAUCUAGUUGUUUACUUCAAAGUAGUACUUCGCAGAGCGGAUUAAAUACUUACUGUUAUCCUAUUUUUCCAUUUCCUGUUUCCACUGCGGAUGAAAUUACUUGUAAUUCAACAUUAUGUAACCAUGUCAAAGAUGCUGGAUUAGGCAGUAAUACUCGUGGUACUAUAGUUUCUCAUUGUGAACCGAUAGUAAAUGUUAGCAAUCAAUACCCCUGUCCACGAGAUUUAGAACAACGACCUGUCAUGAAAAUGUCGGUGAAUCUUAUUCGAACUUAUAAAAAUAUUAAUGAGGUCUACUAUCGAAAGAAACGUCGUAUUAGAGAACAAAUUAGUGAGGAUAGUAUUCAAAAAAGAGAUCGUAAAGGUUCUGUUACUUUUGGUAAUGGUGGUGGAUUGGCUCCUUCAUGUCAAAAUGGAUCUACAGGAAGUUUAACAGGAGUUAAUGUUGCAACUGUAGCAAAUACAGCUGCAUUAACAUGUCAUUAUCAUCAUUAUCAUCAUCACCAUCAUCAUUGUGUAGCACCACAGUCGUCUACAUUAUCAUCACAAAUUCCUAUGGUACCUCCACAUCGAUGUGGUAUUGGUUGUAAUAAUAAUAAUAAUAAUAAUCUUGUCACAGGGUCUAUUUGUUGUACAUCAUCUUCAGAUUUACAAACACGAUCAUCCGGAGUCAAUGGCAUUAUCCAGUCACGACAUCAAGGACCCUCUAUAGUUCAAAUGAAACAUCAUCACCAUUCAACUGUUCUUCAUCCUAAUCAACAUUCUAUUUCCAAAGAUCUAACUACUUCACAUCUCUCUCACCAUUCUCAACAACAUAUCUACGAUCAAGGUUCAUCGUUUCCUUCUUGUAAUCCGUCUAAAUCAUAUCCAUUGAGUAAUUUGAAUAUUGUUACCACUGCUUCCGGAUUUCGUACUGGACUCACAUUAACAUCAACAAGUGUUGGGACUGGUCCAUCUGUAUACUCUUGUCAAAUACAAUCAAAUUCUGUUUGUCAAUCAUCAUCAGCAUCAUCGUCUGUAUAUCCAUCACAUCAUCAUCAUCAUCAUGGACUUGUGCGUAUUGGUGAUGUAUGGUAUAAUCGUUAUAAAAUUCUAGCCUUAAUUGGUAAAGGUACAUUUGGUCAAGUUGUUCGUGCUUUCGAUGAAUUAACCGGAGAGGAAGUCGCUAUUAAAGUGAUUAAAAAUAAACGUUCUUUUGUACAACAAGCUGAAGUUGAAAUUAAAUUAUUGCGUGAAAUGUCUAUAUUUCAAGCGAAUGAACAAUUAGCUACAGAUGUUGGAGCUAAUUAUAUUGUUAAUUUAAAAGGACAUUUCAGUUAUCAUGGUCAUUUAUGUUUAGUAUUUGAAUUACUCUCUUAUAAUUUAUAUGAUUUACUUGGUAAUACAAAUUAUCGUGGUGUAUCAUUAAAUUUAACAAGAAAAUUUGCUCAACAAUUAUGUGCUGCAUUAGUAUUUCUAUCUAGAUCAGAUGUACAAGUAAUACAUUGUGAUUUAAAACCGGAAAAUAUUUUAUUAGUUAAUCCAAAACGUUCAGCAAUUAAAGUUAUUGAUUUUGGUAGUUCAUGUCAUGUACAUGAAAAAGUAUAUCAAUAUAUUCAAUCAAGAUUUUAUCGCUCUCCAGAAGUAUUGUUCAAUUUAGACUAUGGCUUGGGUAUUGAUAUGUGGUCACUUGGCUGUAUUUUAGUUGAAAUGCACACUGGUGAACCAUUAUUUUGCGGAGCGAAUGAGCUAGAACAACUGCUCCAAAUUAUCGAAGUGCUUGGUUUCCCACCGGUGUAUAUGAUUGAAGCUAGUCCUAAAUUAUCAAACUUUUUUGAAUGCAUACCGGUGAAUUUGAAUUCUACUUCAACAGCAACAAACUUAAUCAGUACUUCUACCACUGAUGGUGGUGCUGACUUUACUGCCAAUAAUAAUAGUAUUAAUCCGGCCUCGAACCCUACAACAACGCCAUCGACAACCACUUAUGGUACAUUAACAACUACAAUUAAAACAAACACAAUAGCUGGAGAUAAUACAGUGGCAGCAGCAACAGCCACUGUUUUAUCUUCAUCAAAAAAUACUACUAAUGCUACUACUACUACUACUACCAUCAGUAGUAGUUCGGCCUGUGGUGCUGAUUGUAUUAAUUAUUGCUCCAAUAAUAGUACAAAUGUAAAAAAUCCAGUCAACCCUGGUGUUACAAAUAGCUGUGAUAGUAAUACUAACUCGAAUACAUCAAACAAUAUAUCUGAUAAAUUGAAUACAGGUGUAUUAUUAUCAACAUCUGGGACUGUGUUUUACAAACCGAAACGUGUAUGGACUAAACAAGAGUGUAAUUACGAGUGUAAAUUUUCUGGAGUUGGAACAAGAACAUUGCGUACAGUUGUCGGAGCUGAUAUUGGUGGGCCUAAAAGUUGUCGUCGUGGGGAACAAGGUCAUACACCUGAAGAUUAUGACAAAUUCGUCGAUUUGAUCCAACGUAUGUUAGUAUAUGAACCCCGGUUUCGUAUUCGUCCAGAGGAAGCUCUCACGCAUCGCUUUUUCACACGUAAAGAUGAAAGUGGACAACAGAAACAACAAACUGGUAACAGUAGCUCUUCUACAACCACUUCAACUGUCAAUCCGCCACUUACAACUUGUUCAAUAAUAACGACAACAGCCAAUGUAAUUAGUAGUAAUAGUAGUACUAUUACUUCUAGUCCUAAUACUACUACCACAGUCGUCACUAAUACUUCUGUUACUGGUUCUAAUACAAAUACAAUAUCUCUCCCUUGUCAGUUUGCUUCCCCCAAUAAUAAUAAACAGUCUCCUUCCAGUAACUUAGCGCAUUGUAUUCAUGAAAAACUUCCAUCCAGUAGUAGUAAUAGUAGUGGUAGUAGCACUACCACGACGAUGACGACUACAUCUCAUCAGCAUUAUAAUUCCGAACAGGACAUAAUGAAUGCAUCCUACUUAACAUUUGCUCCAAAUCAAGAAAUUAAACUAUCUGGAUCAAUUGUUACCUCUACUACUUCUACCGUUCCACCACCAUAACGACUUCGAUCGAUUAAAUAUCCUUUCAUACUAUUCAUAAGAAGUCGGUAGAUAUGGAUGUAACCUAUCAUUUUUUGAUUGGUUGGUUUGAAGUCCUCACAAUAUUAUAGUGUGACAGUGGUAUUAUUGUUAGUGAUUGUGUAAUUUGUUUCUUUAUACAUUUAUCUGCCUAAUUCAUUCACUUUUCUGGGUCUUCUCUCUCUUCUAUUUAUCUUCUAUUAUGAUAUGUUAUAUCCCUUAUUUUUACUAAAACCUAUAUAUGUAUAUUCUACAUAUUACUGAAAUUUCACCCCGGUUUUGUAGUCGGAGUCUAUCCUUAUUUUUCUUUCUUGCGCUCUAUCUCUAUGAAUCGCAUUCAAUUUACUUCAUAUAUAUAGGCUAUCGAUCAUUCUAUUUCUUAUGCUAUGGGAUUGAGUUUCUUUUUUUAUAUAUCCCCAACACCAUCAAUGUCAUCCACUUUAUUUCUAAGCAUAAAUAAUAACACACAUUGAUGAAAUUCUCUUGCAUCAAUCUCAACAUAAUAUGCUGUUAUUAUUAAAUUUUUUUGUUUUCUUUUUUAUUCAUUAAAACACCAUGAAGCUUUUAUCAUGUUCAAGUAUCAAUAGUGAUCAUUAAAUUAUUUGUGUAAAUAAUAAUAAUAAUACCAAUAGUAGCUGUUGUUAUUGUUGUUGUAAUAAUAAUAGUGAUAACGACAAUGAUCGCCUUUCUCCAUCUAAACUAAUACACAUACAAAAAUACAAAGGCAAGAAUGUAAUGUUUUAUUAUUAUGUUAUCAUACUCUAUUAUUGAGCUGAUAAUACUGUUUGUGUGUGUGUAUGUGUUAUUUUCAUGUUACUUUUCACCAUUCAAUUAACACACAUACAAGUUUCCUUGCUUGUUUCAAUAAAACACAGUUUCAAUUUGAAUAGAACCAGAAGACGGGAUGACCUGUAUAUGUUACUCUACAUGGUAAUGACGAUAGUCUCUAAGAGUUAUCCUAACUUGACCAAAACAAAUCACUUUCUUUUUUUUGUUCUGAAUUAUAUUUAUUAUUCUACAGAGAUAAACCAUAUUAAGCACAAAAUGUGAAUAGAAUAAUUAUUUCCUCCAUGAAGACGAUUUCUUUCUUUUCUGAUGGUCAUUACUUUGGCAGCAGUUCUCUUGUGUAGUAUGUAUGUAUGCGUAUGUGGACUCUUGUGAAAUAAUAAUAAUAAUUACUUUCCGUAAUUCAUAAUAAAAUAUAAUCAAUUAUUCUAUCUUUUGUUUCAUAGCAAAAUAAAAAUAGAUAAAAGAAGGAUCUUCUUAUAUAUAUAUAUACUAUAAACAAUGAUCUUUGAAGUCUUUAAUAAUUAUUCUGUUACUAUAUUUAAUUCACUGCUGAUUAUAACUUGCUUCUAUUAUACAUUUACUAGUUUCUUCUAAACAUUAUUUACUCUAAUCUAAGAUGGUGUUAACAAUAAUAACCAGUCCAUCCAUUAUUAUUAUUAUUGUUGUUGUUGUUGUUUUCUUCAACGGUGGUAAUUUGUUUUCCAUCAAACAAACAAAAAAACACUUUCAAUUAAAGUAAAUAACAACAGUCAAAUAGUGUGUAUUAAAUCAUCAUCUUCUAUUAAAUACACUUUAAUUACGUUUUAUUUAUUUCUAUUAUUAUUCUUUAUUAACAUUUAAUAUUAUUUUAUAAAUGAUAAAUGUUUCUCUUAUCAUUGUAUUUUAUUUGUUUUAUGUUUUAAAACAUGAAUUAGCAUUCCUUUAUUUAAAUGUUUGCUUGUAAAGAUCAAUUUCCUAGACCACUAUUAUUAUCAUUAUCAUUGUUACUUUGUUCUUCUUGUUGUUCUUCUUUUUUUCUUUGAAUAUUCUGUUUUAUUUAUAUUCUAGUUACGAACACAAAAAUAAAACAAUAAAAGUAUACAGGUUUAUCAUUGAACAAUAAUUUUACUCGGUGUAUUCUUAUCUUUAUAGGAUAAAUUCUUUCUUUUCUUGUUCUUGUUUUAUAUAUAUGUAUACUAUUCUCGCUAUUGUAUUUAUACAUAAACUAAUUAAUUACAAGUGUAUUCCUUCAAAUAAGAUAUAUAUAUAUAUAUAUUGAGUGUGAUGUUUCCCCCUUUACAUACAUACAAUAUACACACGCACACACAUACACAUACAGUCAUAUACUUGUUUUGUUAAAUUCAAUUGAUUUCAUUAUUUUGUUGUUAUCAUUGUGCCUUUUUUCUUAAAUGAUAAUAUAAAAGAAACAAAUUAAUACCCGCCCCCCCGCCACUGAAAAAUGCAUGAUUUAAGUACAUGUAAAUGUUCUCUAAUUAGGCACAUUUUUCUUCUUGUGUAAAGUGUAUUAUUUCUUUUCUCUCUUCUUUUUUUUCUCUUUCAAAGUUUUAUUUAUGUAUAUCCAUUGAAAUAAAGAGAUAUAGUCAGUCUAAUCUAUUUUUAAUGCUCAUAGGUGGCGUUUGAAAUGAAUGAAUGAUACCAUUAUUACUCAUUCAAACAAUAUAAUUGAGUUAUAGUAUUUCAUAUUCGUUGUUCUUAUAGUAAUAUUUUAUGAAAGGUAUUUCUUGUGUUUUAUUUCAAUAAUAACUGUCAUUGGAUGUCAUAUGUAUAUGCCUAUUUGUGUUUUUAAUUGUAUUUUGCUUGUUUAUUAUUCAUCAUUCUCUUAGAAAAACUAUUAUGAAUAAGGCUUUUUAACAAUUGAAGAUCAUUCACAAUCAUAAAUCAAGUUUCUAUUAUCUAUUUGUUUUAUCAAUUUUGCCUAUUAUCAUCAAGUUGUUAUUGUUGUUGUGUGUAUUUUUCAUAACGAAAGUGUUUCUUCUCCGGUGUAUGCGUUGCUUUAAUGUUGGCUUUUUUAAAAAUAAAGAAGUACUUGAACUUCUUUGUUUAUUUUCCUAGUGUUUGUUUGUUUUUCGGAAAAAAAGAGAGGUUAUUUCCUAUUUGCUCACUGAUUCCUUGAAUAUUCUUUUCGCUUUUAUUUAUUUAUUUAUAUUUGUACUUUCUCUGAUUGUGUGUGCCUCUUUGUACAUAAUGAAAAUACCUUUUUGAAUUUUCUCUCACUCUGUGUGUCUACAACUAGGGAACUUUUGUUGUGCUUUUUUUUUAAAAAAAACACAGACUGACAUUUUUCUUAUGUUGUUAAUUAAAAUAGGCUCAUGAAUUAGGUGAUUAUCUUUUUCCUUUCAUAAUUUUUAUCCGUACUGCAUUAUUAUUAUUACUAUUAUUAUCGCUAUUCUUGAUUAACUGUAUUUUUGGGUUGUAAGGGGAGGGUGAGAUUUGAAAAGAAUUACUUAUGAACUAUUAUGUCAUGUUAUACUACAGCUUUUUUUUCGCACGUAAUCAAGUUGCCUAUAUUUUGCUGCCUUUCUCUUGUUUUAUCCCUGUUAUACUACUUAUAUACUAAUAUAUAUUUAUAUGCUUACUAUUUCUAUCUUUGUCUGUGGUAAGCAUCGUGAAGUUAUCAAGACAAUUUAUGCUAUUAUAUAAUUCAAAGACCAUAUGCUUUGUUGUUUUUCUUAGGUUGAUUAGUCGUAUUACUUUUAAUCAACACUGUUCUGGCUGUAGAUCCCUAUGCAUAUAUAUAUAUAUAUAUAUAUAUAUAUAUAUAUAUAUAUAUAUAUAUAUA